AUGGCGUACAAUGGACGGAGGGGCCCCAAUGUGUCCGAGUACAUCGCGAAUCUGAACGCGAUCCCUACGGCUCAGGACCUGCAGAAUGCGGACAACUUCAAUCUCGACGAUGAGCUGGCUAUGUUCACCAACACCCAGUUCUUCGAUUUCGACCUGGGCCAGGAUGCCAAUGUGCAGCCCGCGAACUUUGGCAUCGAUGACCCGGCCUCGAGCGUUGCACCCGAUGGACUGGACUUGAAGCCUUUGGAGUUCGACAUGCAAGGCGAUUUCUCCUUUCCCGAUUUCAAUGCCUAUGCGCAGCCACCAGCCUUCAGCGAUAACAAUGACAUCGCACCGCCUGCCCCCAUCCAAACCCACCAACCAAUGUAUCCAACCUCGUCUAGCGCCGGUUCUCCAACUGCGACCGUAGCUCCUUCGGCCCAUGCCGGCCAGAAACGAAAGGCUACUGGCUCCAUGUCCCCUACCGCCUCCUCUACCGGUGCUGUUGAUUUCGAGGAAGCCUCGCGCCUCGCCGCCGAGGAAGACAAACGUCGCCGGAACACCGCCGCAUCUGCCCGUUUCCGUGUGAAGAAGAAGCAACGCGAGCAGGCGCUCGAGCGAUCCGCCAAGGGAAUGAGUGACAAGGUCGCUGCGCUAGAAGGCCGGAUCAACCAGCUAGAAACCGAGAACAAGUGGUUGAAGAACCUCAUUACGGAAAAGAACGACAGCAAGGAGGAUAUUGCGCUGUUAUGGAAGAAGUUCAGCCAAGAAACCAGCGAGCGGAAAGGCGCCGAGCGGAAGGAUGGCGUGGGCACAAAGGCAUAG